AUGUUAAAAUAUAUAAGAUGCACUAUAAGCGGUGUAUAAAGAAUUAGAAUAAAAGAUAAAAUGCAUUUUAGAAAUGAAAUAUAAAAUUAGGGAAUAAUUAAAAACAGAUUUAUUUUAAAAAAUUAUAGAUUAUCAAAUUUGAUUAAUUUUAAGAAAUUACGAUUAAUCUUGAAUAAUUGGGAGAUUCGAUUAAUUAAUAAGCUAUAGAAUAAAAUGAAAAGAUUCUCCAUGAAUAUUUAUAAGAUCUUACAAAAAAUGAUUGUUAAGAAUUGA